AUGAGUGAUAUGGUAGCCAUUUCAGCUAUACUCAUUAGUCAUUGUGGAAUCCUGAUUCCGCUGAGGAUCAAACUCAAAUUGUAUGCAGGUAUUGAGCGCAUGCAGGCUGCAGACUCGAAAAGCAAUGUACUGACCGGCAGCGUGCAUAUUGCAUACGGGAAGGGGUGGUACGGGCCGGGUCCUGUAGCCUAA